CCGCUGCAUGGAUCAGGAACCAUUAAUCGUGAUGAACCUAGAAAAAAAAAGCAUCUUACACAUUCGUUUUCCAUCCCACUGAGCCUCGGAUAACCAUCUGUUCGUUUCUAAAAUUCUCUCUAAUGUUUAAUCAAUCCGCGUUUAUCGCAUCAUCAUCCGCCUUACAGUGAUAUCGUUCUAGAAGAAGGAUAUGUACAUGCUGCUAUUUAUAUUAGGGAACUUUGGUCUUCUUCUGCAAUUUCCUCAUUCAUCAUCAGCUUUUCCGUAUAAACCCUAGGCGUCUCCUUUGGUAAGUAUCGCCUUUGAGUUUCAGUUAGUAUAUUCUAAUUUAUUUAUCUGUUAGGUGUUACUCAUUGAUUUUGACACCGACUUGGAGAGGUGAUAAUGGGUGACAAAGCUAAGAGGUACGGCAGGAGAUUGAGAACUAAUGUGAAUCCUUUAAAAUUGAGUCUAAGUAAUAAAGCUUUUAAUGAGAAAAAAAGAAAGAGGCGUGGAAGCGAUACCAGAGAGAGUAAACAGGUGAAUAACAAGUGUAGUAGUAGUAGUGGUAAUGGCAAUUCAGAAGUUAUUAUUGAUGGUAGUUGCAGCAGCAAUAGUGAGGAACAUAAAAUUAUCAGACAGAGUGAGGAUAAUAAGAAGAUGAAGAUGGAGAACAAUUGGAAGCCAAUGGCCAAGUGUAGUGUGGAGAAUAUUGGUAGUAGUAGCCUCAGCAAUAGAGAGGAAAAUGAUAUUAUUAAGAAGAUGGAGAUGAAUAACAAUUGGAAGCCGAUGGCCAAGUGCAGUGCGGAGAAUAUUGGUAGUAGUAGUAGCCUCAGCAUUAGCGAGGAAAACGAAAUUGUUAGACAUAGUGAGAAUAAUAAGAAGAUGGAGAUGAAGAUGGGUAACAAUUGGAAGCCAAUGGCCAAGUGCAGUGUGGAGAAUAUUGGUAGUAGUAGCCUCAGCAAUAGUGAGGAAACUGAAAUUAUCAGACAGUGUGAGAAUAAUAAGAAGAUGAAGAUGGAUAACAAUUGGAAGCCGAUGGCCAAGUGUAGUGAGGAGAAUAUUGGUAGUAGUAGCCUCAGCAAUAGUGAGGAAUAUGAAAUUAUUAGACAUAGUGAGAAUAAUAAGAAGAUGAAGAUGGAUAACAAUUGGAAGCCAAUGGCCAAGUGCAGUAGUGGCAACAAGGUUCUGAGCAGCAGCAGUAUUUUCGAUCACUAUAGAAUAAUGCGUGGGAUAUUGAGUAGGCUCCCUGUCAAAUCACUCAUGCGAUUCAAGUGUGUAAGCAAACAUUGGCAGUUCUCAAUUUGCCAAGAUCAAGGCUUGAUUGAUUUACACUUCUCUCAGUCAAAGCAACAUUGUCCAGAUCUCUUUCUUGUUGUUCCGCGUUAUUCCGUUAAUCUCUCUGGAAGAUACCCUGUGUCCAGGAGUACAAGGGGGUAUGCGGGUCCCCGGGAGUGUAAGUAUCAACAGUCUUUGUUGCUAGGCAAUUUAUUUGAAAGUGGAACAUCGCCGGCCAUUAGAACUACUGUUCGAAAAUCAGAGCAAAAGCCAUUUCAUUAUACUAAGAUUCUACCACCUGUUAAUGGUUUGAUUUGCUUUGUUAACCGUCGUUCAGCUGCCGUUUGCAUAUUAAAUCCAAGCACUAGAGAACGAACACCAUGGAUCGUUUCUUCGCUUUGUCAAAACAAAAAGUACAAUUUCGUUGAAGAAUAUGCUCGUGGUGUAUGUUUACCAACUUACUUCUUUGGAUUUGAUCCUGCCACCAAACAACACAAAGUUGUAUGCACUUGGUGUCUACAUGGACAAGCGACAGGUUUUUCUGGCAUCGAUAGUGGAGAUGACAAAUUUCAGUGGACAGGCAUUUGUGAGGUCUUGACCGUAGGGGAGAACACUUGGAGAAACAUUGAUGAGAAGGUUCCAUUUUCGCACUAUCCUGUAGAAGUUUCAAUUUGCUCAAAUGGUUUCAUUUACUGGGGUAGUGGUUUCGUGGGAAUCCCUGAAAAUUUAAAUGCAUUUGACGUUGGGCAGGAGAAAUUCAAAGUGAUUACGGUUCCUCAGCAUAUCAGAGACAAAUGUAAGAAUCCACCCGGAGGCGAUUGUGGUCCUUAUCAUAGUUUAAUAGAAGUGGGUGGACAUAUAUCUUUACUACAACGGUGGACUGAUAAGGUUGUGAAGCUAUGGAUUUGCGGUGUUGAUACUUCUACUGGUAGCUACAGCAAGUGGACUGAAAUUACGAUGAACUUACCUUUUCAGUGGGGCGGCAGGCAUGGUAGAUUCCCUUACUUCCAUGGUGUUGCAGGAGAAGACCGGAUUAUUAUAGAAUCCUACCCAACUAUGGACAGAUUAGAUAUAAGUGAAGUCUGUCUAUAUUCUUAUGAUUGGAAAAAGAAGACGUCAACAAAAAAGGCCAAAGAUGGUGUGGUUUCGGAGUUAAGUUCGGUUUCCUUAUAUUCGGGAUUAGCUUUGGUUUCUUUAUUUAGAUCUUUUGCAGAAAGCCUCUGGCCUGUUCGAGACCACCAAUCCAGACACCGCCAAGAAACUGAAAAGGCUCGUUUGCGGCUAAAUAUUAAUGUUACUGCUGCACUGGAUUCUGCUCCUGCACCUGCUCCAAUUGAAUCUUUUACGGAUAUGUGUCUGCAUGAAAGUAUCAUGAAAGAUAUAUCGUUUCACAAGUACUCUACACCGACAUCUAUCCAGGCCCAAGCUAUGCCAGUUGCUCUUAAUGGAAGGGAUCUUUUGUGUUGUGCAGAGACUGGGAGUGGUAAAACUGCUGCUUACGCUAUUCCAAUGAUUCAGCAUUGCCUAGCUCAGCCUUCUGUUCGGCGAGGUGAUGGUCCUCUUGCGUUAGUGUUGGCACCUACGAGAGAACAUGCCCAACAGAUAGAGAAAGAGGUUAAGGCCUUCAGUAGAUCUCUGGAGUCCUUCAGAACUGCUACUGUUGUGGGUGGAACAAAUAUGGCAGAGCAGAAGUCUGAGUUGCGAGCGGGAGUAAAUAUUGUGGUUGCCACACCUGAAAGAUUUAUUGACCAUUUGCAACAAGGGAACACCUGCCUCUCUAGGAUCUCAUUUGUUUUUAUGGAUGAGGCUGACAUACUGUUGGACAUGGGGUUUGAGCCGCAGAUAAGAGAGGUGAUGCGGAAUGUUCCCAUAAAGCGCCAAACGUUGCUGUUUAGUGCAACAAUGCCAGUAGAAAUUGAAGCCCUUGCGCAGAAGUACCUUAGUGACCCAGUGCAAGUGAAGGUUGGAAAGGUUCAGGGGAGUGAGAAGGCUAAUAUGGAGGACUCGCAUUAAAUUAUGAUUCAGAUUAUACCAUGGGAAAACAUGAGAAGGAGACAAAAUGAAUGCCUGGGUUGCCAAAACAGCCAAAUGGAUGAAUGAUAAUUAGGUCGAUGUAAUAGUGAGUUAUUCAGACGAUGAACAUAUUUAUUUGUUGUGGAUGAUAUUUUGUGUUCUCUUAAUUGUAUUCUUCCGGCUUUAUUUUGCUAAAAAACAAAUUCUCUGGAAACACUGUGCAAGUUUACUGUCUCUGUACAUAGUGGGAAGAGUCAUUUUGCUUUCCUGUGUUAUGAAGGUUUUGCUCAAACAUCUGGGAAACAAUUUUUAUCUGUAAAUGCUCUACAUAUUUGGCAAGAGGGUGCUUCUAGCUCAGUGGAUAGAGCGCCUGUUUUCCUAA